AUGGCUACUGUAUCUACUCUACCGACACAGGUCGAAUUGCUCCAGCGAUGGGGCGGCAAAGACAUUGCGGACUUGCCCAAACCCGCCGCUGUGAUUGACAGAGCAAUUGUCCGCGGCCAUUGCGAAAGAAUGAACAAUACCAUCCGGACCCUGGGAGUCGAAUUCAGAGCUCAUGUCAAAACGCACAAAACUCUCGAAAUCGCCCAAUUGCAGCUGGAUAAGGAGAGCAAAGCUCCAAAAUUCAUCGCUUCAACGAUUUUGGAGAUUGAGACCUUGACCCGGUUUCUCGCUGGCCUGAAACAAGCUGGUCGCAGCCCCAACAUCCUGUAUGGUAUUCCCCUCGUGCCAUCCCACAUCACCCGGCUCGCGGAAUUGGCCGCGGAGAUCGGCGAGGACAGCGUCACCGUGAUGAUCGACCACCCAGACCAGAUCCAGUACCUGAAGAAAUUCUCCGCCAAGACAAACUUCCCAGUCUGCGUCUUUGUCAAGGUAGAUACCGGAUAUCACCGCGCCGGUCUGCCACCAAUCUCCCUGAACAAAAACGGGCUACUGGAAAAGCUCGCCGAAGCCGAAAAAGCAGGCCACGCAAAAUUACUCGGCCUCUACUCCCACUCCAGUCUCAGCUAUGCCGCGACGAACGCCGACGAGGCGAUGAAUUAUCUCAUCGGCGAGAUCCAGGGUUGCAAGGCCGCUCUGAACAAGUGGCUUCCUCUCCUACCAAAGAACCGGGAACUGAUUAUCAGCGUCGGCGCAACACCUCAAGCUAUGGGGGACUUGUCUGCAAAGGCGGAGGAACUUCGCGCUCUACUGCGAGAGCCCAGCGCAGAGCAGAGCGAGGCGCAGGUGAAGAUCGAGUUGCACGCGGGUAAUUACCCCGUUCUGGAUAUGCAACAAGUCUCCACGCAUGCUCGCAACGGCGCCGGUGGACUUGAGGAGGAGAUAGCGAUAUCUAUUGUCGCAGAGGUCUGCAGUGUCUACAAUGACGGCGAGCGAGAGAAACCCGAGGCGCUUGUUGCGGCGGGGACACUGGCGUUGGGUCGUGAGCCUUGCGCGGCUUAUCCCGGAUGGGGUAUUCUUUCGAACUGGAGACAGACUGGCAAGGCGGAGUCUGGUGCGUCGCGGUUGAUGGUUGAGCGCAUUAGCCAGGAGCAUUCGAUUAUUUCUUGGGAAAAGGCUUCGCAGGAGAGUAUUCCGUUACAGGUUGGACAGGUUGUUAAGAUCUACCCUAACCACUCUUGCGUGACGGGUGCGUUCUAUGGGUUCUAUUUCGUUAUAGACUCAUCCUUGGAUGAGCCUUCUAGAGUGGUUGAUAUCUGGGUUCGUGGUCGGGGUGGUGGGGUUACGGAUCCCCUAACCUUAACUAGAUUCCAGUGA